UAUGUUCUUUAUAAAAUGAUCAAUAUAAAUAUUGAAUUGUCCUUUAUAAUGAAUAUAAUUGUUUUCCACAUUUAAUAAUGCUAAAAUAAAGAAAAUGUUAUUAUUUAUAAGUUAGUAUCGUUUUGCUAAUUUCAUGAUGUUCAUUAUAUAUGUCUUAUUGUUUUAGUGAAAUAAUUAAAGUAUUAGUAAUUAUUUAAUUAAGACAAUUUUAAAAUGGCAAAUAUUAAAAGUGAAAUAAUGUUGGACCAUAUAACAAUAAUGGAAAAAUAUCGAUCUGAUAUUACGUUGUUAACAGACCCAAAUGUUGAAGAUGAACAAAAAUUGAAAAUUGUUCAAACUUUAAAUGAAAACUUUGAGGUAAUAUCUGUAUAAAUCUUGUAUUUAAAUAAGAAAGUAACAAAGAAAACUACUUUUAUCCAUUCAAAAAAAAGAAAAUAUUUAUAUAUAUCAAUGGAUAUUUAUUGUUUUUAUUAUAUUAUAAUAUUUUAUAUUGCCUUUAAUUUAAUUUAAAAAAAAAAAAAUGUACUUAUUUUGGAUAUUUAUUUUUAAUUAUUUAUUUGUUUAACUUCAUAAUUUUCUAUUUGUUCACAAAUAAAUAUCCAUCUGAAAGCAUUAGCAGCAAGCUAAUGAAUCUCACAACUCAUAUUUAUUAAUAAUAAUAUUUGAUUGUUAAGGGUAUAACAGGUUAUCAUUAAAAACUUAUUAAAAAAUUACGUGAAUGACACUCGGUAGUUUUCUUUUCUUAUAUUGGUGAUAAUUAUGUAGAUAUUGUAAUAUUGUAUUUGAACAUCAAUAUGUCCAAAACGGCUAUAUCUAUCAAUGUUCUUAAAUUCAUAAAUUCAAAUAAGUUCUAAAACUAAAAUAUUUCUUUUUAUCCACAUAUUGAAAACCAUAUCAAUUUACAAUUGUAUCUAGUCAAAUGCAACCUUGAAAUAGAUUUAUGAUUUUGACUAUUUAAUAAAAUAUAAACCUUUAUUUUGGAUUAUAAUUGUUAAACUUAUAGGUAUAACUGGUUAUUUGAUUUUUAUUUGUCUUAUAUUGUUAAUUAAUAUAAGUUUUCUUUUGCAAGAUAUGUCUAAUCACUAUAAAACACUUAAUAUUUAUUUCUUUUUAAUUUCAGAUGAUUGUGAAUUCUCCUCAGUAUCCUACAUUUUUGGAAUAUAUGAUUAAACAUUUUAUUCGUAUUUUAGUAGAAGGAGAGCCAUAUUUUAUAGCUGAAUAUCAUAUAUUUGUAAGUUUAAAUAAACACCAUUAAUAAAAAUAAUUGUAUACAUUUAAAACUUAAAUAUUAACUUAUUAAUGAAUAAAAAAUAUAGUAGUAGAAGAAAGUUCUAUUGUAUUUUUGUUUUUGAUAGUUAUAGUAUGCAUAAAUAUUUGUCUUAUUUGUAAUUUUUAAAAUGCUCAUUAUGCGUUGUAGCUCUUGAUCUUCACACUCAUUGCCUAAGAAUUUCUUUAUAGCUUUGGGCAAUAUUAUGAAAUAACAUUUAUUUAUGUAAUAAAAAUCAUGUUUAUAGCAAGUACGAAAACUGGUGUUAGAAAUGAUAUAUAGACUACCAUGCAAUGAAUGUUUAAAACCGUAUGUUGAUAGACUUGUAACAUUGUGUAUGAAACUGAUUGAAACUGAUAAUGAACAAAAUGGAAUUUCGUGUAUACGUAUUAUUGUAGAGCUACAAAAAAAUUUUAGACCUCCAUAUAAUGCCGAAGUAAGUUUUAUAUUUUUAUAUUAUUAUAACAACCAUUUCAUUAAAUUGUUUGAUUUUUUUUUUUUAUCGCCAAAAACAUUUAUUUUAUUUUAGGUAAGUAAAUUUCUUCAACAUACUAAGAAAAUUUAUUGGGAUAUACCUGACAACAUGGACAAAAUAUUUAGUAUGAGAACUCAACAAAAAUUGCGUAUAAAUGAUUUGUCUACAGUUGACAUAAGUGAAAUUCUAGAUAACACCUAUUCAACAAUUGUUAUUAACUGUGAAACUUCUGAAAAUAAUGUUGAGACGGUAAAUUUAUUAUUUUAUAUUUUGAAAUAAAUAAAUUCUUUUAUAAGUAUUACCUUUUAUAUUUGUUAAAAAUAGUUUUAUGUAGAUAAAAACAACUUGUAAUUCUUCAAAACAACAUAUAUUUUUUUUGAAACACAAUUUGAUAGUAUAGUUGCCUUGUUAGUUAAAAAUUAUUUGUAAAAUUUAUUAUUUUAUUUUUCAUAUUGGAAAUAUUUUUUUUUGUUUUAGUAUAAUGUUAUUCCUCGAAGUAUUUCAUCAUUAAAAAUAUUGCAAGAAUUACCAAUAGCAAUUGUCCUAAUUUAUCAAUUGUAUAAAGAUAAUGUUAAGAGAGAACUUAGUGAAUAUAUUCCAACUAUUAUACGGAUCAUACCUUUACAACCCUCAAUGCUUUACAAGUAACAAUAAAUGGUUGUUCAUUAGUUAUUUUAUUAAGUUUGUUUAAAUUUAUGACAUUUAUUUAGAUCGCAUCCAAAUUAUAACAAGGAAAUAUUGGUUGAAUUGGUAUCUGCCCAAAUAAAAGUAUUAUCCUAUCUAGCGUUUGUUAUUAAGCCAUUUACAGACAUAGUAACUGUACAUUCAACUCAAUUAGUUGAAGGAAUGAUUGGAAUGUUAGAGUCGUGUCCUAUGGAAGUUACACAUCUUAGAAAAGAACUUUUAAUUGCAUCAAGACAUAUUCUCAAUACAGAAUUACGAAUAAGUAAAAUAUUUUAAAUGAUAACAAUUAAAAUAUAAAUCUGAAAUAUACUAUUUCUUUUAGAAUUUAUUCCAUAUAUGGAUAAAUUACUUGAUGAAAAUACAUUACUUGGUCGAGGCUGGACUACUACUGAAAAUUUAAAGCCAUUAGCCUAUAGUACUAUUGCUGAUCUCAUUCAUCAUGUCCGCAUUCAUUUAUCACUUUCAACAAUCGUAAAAGCUAUUAAUCUUUUUUCAAUCAAUGUUCAUGAUCAUACUUUAAGUCCUAGGUAUGAUAGAAAACGUAUAGACAAAUAUAAUUAAAACAAAAAAAAAAAAAAAAUUAUUAUUAUAAAUGUUUCAGUAUUCAGUUAAUGUGCUGUAAAAUGUUAAUGAACUUAGUAGAUUGUAUUAGACAAAGAAAUGGUGAAGAUGUUUCAAAUUUUAAAUGCACUCCAGGAGAAACUGUUAGUUUUGAUCUUUUAAUACGUAUUCUUCAAGUUUAUGUAUUGAAACUCAAAGUAGUUUCUAAAUUGUAUAUACCAGCUAUAAUUACUAAAAGGUAUAUUUUUAAAAGUAAAAUCUACUUAUAUAUUAUUUAGAAAAUAAUAUUUACUAUUUUAGUGCCAGUAAAACAUUGCCAUCUGAAUCAUUACAAAUUCUGGACAUAGGUGAAAGUGAAAAUAUUGAUGAUAAUGUAAAAAAAGAACCUAAAGAGUUAACCAAUAGUCCCGUUGGAAAAAAACUCCAAGAAAAACCCAAAUAUGUUUUUUCUCCAUCCCCGAUAUCAUUAUUUUCUUUACAAGAGUGUAGAACAUUGGUCAAAGUUAUUAUUUGUGGUAUAAAAACAGCUGCUUGGGGUAUUGCAACGGCUAAGGUAAAAUUAGAAUGUAAGAUUUACAAAUUAAAAGUACAAUAGACUUAAAAUGUUACUUGAUGUGGACCCUAAUUGUUAUUUUGUUUUUAAACAAAAAUUAAAGAACUGUUUUGUUUUUUAAAUAAUUAAAAUUCAAAAAAGGUUAAUCCUUUAUGGAUUUUUUUGUGCAUUGUCGCACGAUAUUCUUUCAAAAUAUUGCUCAUGGAUAGGCUACUGUUUUAGAUGAGAAGGAAGGAAAGUAGAAUAUAAAGAGUGAUUUAAUUUUUAUCUGUAAGAAUUAAUAAAUCAUAGUUAAUGAAAAACAUGUCUAAAAGAAAUUUGUUUAAUCAUGUUUUGAUAAACUUAAAUUGAAAGUCGUAUUAAUUUGUAACUACAAAAUAAUUACUAUUAUUAAUGUUUUUUUUUUUUGUCUCAAAUUUUUUAAUAUUUUUAGUAUUAAACAAUUUUUUUCACUUGAAUUAGAAUAAAUAAUGUUAGAAUUUUAUUUUAAAUGGCAUAAUAAAAUGCCAUGAUUUUAAAGAUGUUUACCUAAAUUUUAAGUUGAAACACUAGAAAAAAAAAAAAAUUUGAAUAUAGAUUUUUGAUAUUUUUCUAGUGCCAUUAGACACUAGUUUUCUAACCUGCUUUAUUAUCAAAAAUCUUACUUUUCGAUCACCAAAUUUAGAGGUUGUUUUUGGUACUAAAUAUCUAGUUAGUACAUUAGGAGCAUAAUUUUUGUAUUAUAUUAAACUAAUUAUCAAUUUUAAAAUAUUACAUUUAGAACAAAAAAUUGUGUAGAAUUCAAAUUUUAAUAUUUACUUGUAUUAUCAUAUUAUUAUGUUUUUUUAAUUUUUCUUAUUUUUAAGGAACUAAAAUAAACAAUUUAAAAUAUCACUUAUUCAAGUUAGAUACUCUAUAGUUGGAGUAUGACAUGUUUUGUGUAUAUUUUUUUCUAAAAUAUUAUAUUAUAAUUUAAAAUUGCCAGAUAAAAUAAAUUAAUAAACUGUGUUAAAUGAUAAUUUUAAUUGUUUAGACUAAUAAGGAAGAUGAUACUGGAAGUACUUCAAAACUACCAGCAAAACCACAACUUGUCAAAAUUUAUUUAGGUCUUGUUAAAUGGUCUCUACAAGCUAUGGAUGUACAUAUGGUAAAUCCAUUAAAUAAUCAUAAUACAAAUGUUAUAAGACCACGAUCAAAAGAAGAAAAAGAAGCAAUGGACCAUUUGAGUGGCAUUGUAUGUAUCUUUUCAAAUGAAUAAUUUAAGAGUAAUGUUUAAUUUGUUUUUUUGUUUUUUUUUACUUUAGUUUUCUUUAUUACCUCCAAGUAUAUUCAAAGAAAUAUUUUCUACUGAAAUUGCUUAUUUUGUUGAACGAGUAGAAAAAAACCAUGCUUUAAUGUAUAUUAGUGAAUCACUUUUGAAUAAUAGCCUGAACACAUCUGAUACGUCUUCCAUAUUUGCAACAUUAUUAUUAGAACAUUUACUCAGCAAAAUGGAAGAUAUGGGUAAUGGGAAUGCUGAGCGAAGUAAUUUAUAUUUAAAACUUUUUAAACAAGUAUUUGAUACUGUCAAUCAAUAUUCUAUUGAAAGUGAACAAACACUUCAACCAUACUUAAAUCAAAUUGUUAAUAGGUGAGUUUAUGAAAUUGUAUUUAACAAUUAAUGUUAUUUAAUCGAUAUAAAUGUUACUAAUUUUCAGCUCAAUGAAAUUUGCUUUAACUGCUAAAGAUCCAUACUAUUACUUUUUACUAUUACGUCCUCUGUUUCGUUGUAUUGGAGGUGGUGCACACGGAGUUUUAUAUCAAGAAUUUUUACCCCUUUUACCAAAUUUAUUGAAAAGUUUAAAUAGCCUUCAAUCUGGUUUACAUAAACAAGAUAUGAAAGAUUUAUUCGUAGAACUAUGUCUUACAGUUCCUGUUCGCUUAAGUUCACUAUUACCUCAUUUGCCUUUGCUUAUGGAUCCAUUAGUUUCAGCUUUAAAUGGAUCUCCUUCUUUAAUUAUUCAGGUUAAUACAUUUUCAAGUAAAGUAUAAUGAUUGUACAAUUAUCAUUUUAUAAUUAUUCUAUAGGGUCUUAGAACUUUGGAAUUAUGUGUCGAUAAUCUACAAACUGAUUUUUUGUAUGAACAUAUUCAACCAGUGAGGGCAGAUUUAAUGCAAGCUUUAUGGCGAUCAUUGCACAACACAAAUGAUAAUGUUUAUCCUGUAGCAUUUAGGUAAUGUACUAACAAAAUUAUUUAUUUGCAUAAUGAAAUAAAAUCUUAAAAAACACUGAACAUUAUAACAAAAAAAAAAAAAAAAUAAUACUGAGGAAGUUUUUUUUCAAAUUGACUUAAAUGAACAAGUUCUUAAUCAUUAACCUUAUUAAAGAAUUUUGAAUAUUUUUAAAAAUGCUCUAAUUAUUAUGUAUAAAUAUUAUUUUUAGGGUCCUGGGAAAAUUUGGAGGUGGUAAUCGUAAAAUGAUGACUGAACCCCAACGACUAGAUUAUUCAAUGCAUAGACAGUCAAAAAAACCUGCUAUUAUUGUUCAAUUUAAUGAACACACUGAACCAGUAACGUUUAAUGUUGAUAUGGUAUAUUUUUUUUUAUAAAUAAAUGUAUUAUAUUAUUUACAUAUUACUAACAAAUUUUAAUUAUCAAGGCUAUUGAAACUGCUGCAGAAUCUCUUAAGUCUUCAACUGAUCCAUAUUAUCGUAAAAAAUGUUGGGAAGUAAUUAAAUCAUUUCUAGCAGCAUCUGUGUUAUCAAAUGAUGACAAAUCAGUUUUAAUGACGUUUUUUUCUCAUCCUAGGUAGGUAUAUAAAUUACAAGGUGAUCUAUUUAGGUUAUCAUUUACACAUCAUUUGUAUGGCAACAUGGUAUUUUAAUAAUACAUCACUACUCUCCUUCUACCCUAACUUAAAAGUUGAAUAUUUCAUCCAUGGUUUGACAGAAAUCAAAAAUUUCUACACCAAAAUGUUUCAACUAAUAUUCCAUUUCAUGUAAUUUUCAAUAUAGUUCGCUAUUUGAAAAUUAAAAGUAGAUAUUGUACCCCCAAAAAUAAUAUAAAUGUAAAAUUGUAGUUGUUUGUUUUUUAAAUGUUAUAUAAAACAAAUUUUUAAAAAAGUUAAUAAUUUUCGAGAUAAUGAGUGUACUCACUUAACUGGAUCACAUUGAAUAAUUGAUAGUUAAGUUAAUUUUCAAAUUAUUAUUAUAUAUCAUUUUAGUUUCAAGGAAGGCAAAAUAUCAAACUUUCAAUCAACAGUAUACAAAUAUCCUGAUCCAGUCGUAAGAAACACUUAUGUUAUGGCUUUAAAUGGUAACUCAGUUUUUUAUUAUUAUUAAAUUAAUUCACAAUGUAUUCUAAAUGGUUUUUGUUGUAGGUAUAUUUGUUAGUGCAGCAGUUAAAGAACUAAGGGAUACAGCUCUUGGAACAUUACUAGAUGUUGUAAUGCGCUAUACAAUGGUGGCUGUUUCUCAACAAGCCGGACCAUUAAUAAACAGUGAAAAAAAUGAAAGAUGUUCAUUUGGUAUGGAUCCGCUUGUAUUGAUUGAUUCAAUGGCAACUGUUAUGAGUUACCAAGAAAAAGAACUUCUGAAACCGGCAAGGCUGGCUCUGACUAUUAUUCUAAAUACUGCUACAAUUAUUAUGGGAUCCAAAGAAAGAGUAUUGAUCACAUUUUUUAUACUUGAUGCAUAUUCUUUGAAAUUAAAUUAAAUGUUUGUACAUUAUAGGCUUGCCAGUUACCUUUUAUGGAAUACAUGGUUGAUAAGUUAUGUGCUUUAUGUUAUGAUCGUGCUUGGUAUACCAAAUUUGGAGGAUGUUAUGCCAUACAAUUUUUUUACAGUAGCAUGUCCUUGCAAUGGGUGUUUGAACAUUUAUAUUUAUUUGUUAAAGCACAACUUUUUGUAAUUAUGGAUUUGUCGGGAGAUGUAUGUCUUAAAAACAAUUACUUAAUUUUUAAAAAUUAUAAACCCUUUCUGAAUAUUAAUUAUUUUAGGUUUCAAAUGGAGUAUUAGAUGAAGCAAAAAAGAAUCUAGAAAAUAUGUUGAGUAAAGCUGCAUCACCAUUAGAUCAGAACUCAGGUCCUCAACUUCAAGCAUUGCAGAAAAAAGCUAUACAUGAAGUUACAUAUGAAUUAAUUCGUCAAGUAACAAGUCCUAAUGAUUUACUUAGAAAUCAUGUAUGUAUUAAUUAUUUUAUUAUCAUUGGAAUUUUCUUAUUAUAUUUAAACAAUGAUUUUUUUAACUGUUAAUUUAUAGUCCACUCAUUUAUUGGGUGUAAUAGCAUCAGCUCAAGGCUUAACUGUCACUCAAGUAAUGGAACCUCAUAAAGAAGGGUUAUCAGAAAUAAUACCCCUAAGAAAGCAUUUAUUACGGCAUCAGGGAUUUAAAGCUCAAAUCGGAAUGAUGGAAGGAAAUACAUUUUGCACCUCCUUACUACCUCGACUAUUUACAAUAGGUAACUAUUGAUUUUAUUCACUUGGUAAAUUAAUAGAUUAACCAUGAUUAUAAAAGUGUCAAUUAUUACAUUAAAGAAGAGGUUUAUAUGUCACAUAAACCUAUGUUCAUAAUAAUUUUCUUAAAACUAUUUUCAAUAUUUGAUUAAUAAUUACUUCAGUUAUUAAAAAGACGUUCUAGGAUAAUAAGGUUGGGUGCAGCCAUUGUUAUAGAUAAUUUAAUGUACACCUGUAAUCAACAAUAAACCAUUGCUUACGAAAAAACGAUUCUGAGCAGAUUUCAGUUGAUAGUGACGCUUUGUCAACAAUAUAUAUGUCAUUUUAUAGUAAAAUAAUUAAAUGGGCUCUAUAUAUUUUCUUAAAUAAUAUUUGUUUAAUGUUGUAUUGAUUUUCCUAAGUUUAUCCAGGUUUUUUAAAUUUGUUGAAAAAACUUGAGAAAAUCGAAAAAUGAUUUCUCUAACGUUCCUCCUCACGCCGAUUGGUUCUAGUUGAACCAAUCUAGUUGAAAAAUUGCGCACAAAUAAUUAAAAAAAAAACCAUUUUUGUAAAACUAAGCUUCUUUGCUCCACUCAGAAUCUAAAGUAUACAUACAGGGUGAUUCUUUUAUCAUUGAUUUAUUAUUUUUUCGCAACAUUUUGACAAUUUCAGAAACAAGCGGAUCUAAAAUGUUACAUCAUCAUUAUUUUUUAUCACACUUAUUUUUAUUAAUUAUAUUUUUGUACAUAGAUUUGAACAUAAAAGAACACAAUUUGUUCUAUCAUGAAGUAUCGAAUCUUUGUGAAGCCAGUGAUUCUGCCAUGUCUAAGUUACCAGGAUAUAAAACAAUGAAUCCAGGUCAAAUGCUAUUAUUACGUCAAGCUGGAAUGAGAGCUCUUGCUGCUUGUUAUUAUAUUCCUCAACCAGAAGUAAAAAGUAGAAUAUUUCAUGCUCUGUAUGGUGCUUUAGAUAAAAAUAAUCCAGAUUUACAAGAAACAGCAUUUCAGUGUUUAAGAAAAUUUGUUUCUACUUCUCAAAUUGAUAUGCCAAUGGUAAUUAUAAAGUUACACUAUCUAACAUCAUUAAAUUGUUUUAACUAAUAGCAUGUAGUUAAAAAUAACAGAUAUUUAAAAGAACCCAUAUUAUCUGUAUAUAAAAAAAAUGUUUAACCUUCAAUUAUUUGUACGGGGUAAACCAUUUCCUAAGAUUUGCAUUUUGCCCACUUAAUAUUUUGUUAUAUAGUUAUUGUUUAAAUGUUUAUAUGGCUUUAACAGUGAUUCAAAUUUGUUUUAAGAUAUCGGUAAGCCUGAAUCAUUCCCCACAGUUAAUAAAAAUAUUUAAUUCACAUAUAGUGAAUAAAUCAUUUUUUUUUUUUUCAUAUAAUAAAUGAAUAAAUUUCAUAUAAAAAAAUGUUCAAAUAAAAGUAAUGAAGCAUUUGGAGGUGCUGUGUUUGUUAAUGGAAAUGAAAAUCUCUUACUUAAACUAGUAAGAGAUCUUCAUUAUUAUGUAGAUAUGAACCAGUCAAAAACAUAUAAUUUGGAAAAUUUUUACUCAAAGACCAAAUAUGAAAGAAAAACCGCACGACUAAAUGAAGGUUAAAUUUGUUUUAUAGUUAUUAGAAAAAUAUUAAAUGGUGAGUUUUAAAGUUAUUUUGACAUUUUCUAAAAGAUAAUUUAUAAAUCCGUCCUCAAAAAAAUACAAACCAUCUAAAUUUACAUCAAAUUUAUUAGAUAGAAAUUUAAUCUAACUCAAGUGAAAAAAAUUGCUAAAUCUUAUCCAUUCUUAAUUGUUUUACUUUUAUUGAAAAAAAUGUUUAUGAACUAAAUUGCAUGAUGCAUUUAUUUUAGUUUAAUAGUUUAAAAAGUAGUUGAAUAUAAUAUUGUAUUGUUUGUUCUACUACACUUAUUUCUGAAAACAAGUUGUAAUAAGGGCAUUAUUAGUAGAAAAUAACUGAUUGUAUGUUUAUUAUUAAAAAAAUAUUAAAUUAUAGGUACACGAAUUGAUGAAAAAACAAUUAGGUGAUUUAGGUGAUUAUAGAAACUUAACCUUAAGUGGUACACGACGUUUAUGGUAUUUAGUUCAACUUUUCCCUACAAGUUUUAGUGAUAUGUUUUGCACUCAUUUGAUGGAAAUUAUGAAAAAAAUGUUUGAAGUUCUCAUCCAAAUGAAAAAAGGUAUAAAAUCUUAAAUUUUUCUUUUAUUAAAGUAAUGCAUCUUUUCUUUUAAAUAAAUAAAAUAAUCUUUUAAAUUUAAAUAUCUCUUAAGUUUUUACAUAUGGUUACCACAAUAGAUCAGCUAAAUGUCUUAAUAUUUACACACUGCCAUUUGUAAACCAAUCCUACCAUACCAAUAUUAAUACACUUACAAGCUAAACCAACUAUACACUGUUUGUGUUAUUAAAAUUUUUGGCUUGUAUGUAAUUGUUGCAAAGUACUUCUGAACCAUAAGGGGAGCCAAAUAAACAGUAAACAAACAACAAUAGCAUCAGUACCUCCUGGUAUAUUGACAAAUUUGUUAAAUUUAUAAUUGGUUCAGUUAGUGUUAUUUAGUCAACCUCCUUCCCCGAUGUGAACAGUACAUUAAAAAUUUUUCAUUCUGCUCUAAUGAUGGUCAUGUAGUUCUUGAGAACAGUUUAUGAUUGGUUUGGCCUACAAGUGUUUAAUAUGUAACGCUAUAGAUUUAUUUAAUUUGUAUAGCCAAUAAAAAACUGGAUCAUUGAGUAAUUGUGGAAAUUAAAUAAUUUGUAAUAAAUUGUAAUUAUUUGUUAUAUUUUUAAUUCAAUAACAUUAAUACAUUUUUUAUUUUUAAACAUUUCAACAUUUUUUUAAACUUAUAUUACACUUUACUUCAUUUUUUAUAAAAUAAAUAUAAUUCUCAAAUCUAUUAUUUUAUAAUAUGUGUAUAUUAAACUUGAACUAAUGUACUUUACCUGUAAAAAUAGGAAUUUCAAAGACUGGAAAUUACGAAUCAAUAAUGGUAAUUAUUAUUGAAAUGUAUAAGCAAUUACCUGUAGCCAAUUAUAGGCAUAUUGAAUCAUUAUGUAGACUGGUUUUGGAUAGUGAAAAAAGUCUCCAAGUAAGCAUAUUAUCUCCAUUUCACGCACCACUUUUAGGAUGUUUACUUAAAUAUCCAACUCAAAUUGUACAACUAUUUUUACAAGAUAAUCAUAUUAAGGUUAGUAAUUUAUUUAUUCCAUGAUAUAAGUUAUUUAUUAAGCUUUUAAUAAUAUCUUAUUUUAAUAAUGAAUUAUACUAGGAACCUAUUUGGAUUAAAUAUUUACAUAUGAUGAUUGCCAAUGACAAAUGUCAAACAAUACGUGAAGCUCUUCAAGGUAGUGGUCGUAGACUUAAUGAAUUAAUUACAUCUUCUCAUGCAGGUAACAAAUUUAUAUUAUUAAUUUUUCUUAUUGUAAUGGUAAUUAUUAAUCAUUACUUAUCAAGAAAAAUUUUUAUUUUAGAUUCUACCAAAGCAAUUGAAUAUGAAGCUGUAAGAGUCAUUUACGCUAUUGUACGAUUAGAUAAAAAAUGGAUAUCUAAUCAAACAGAUUUAAUUAUAACUUUGUCAGAAUUAUGGGCUUCUGAUAGCUAUCAAGUAAAAUUGAAAAAUAUUAUCAAAAUAAUUUUCAAAUAUUAAUUAUAUAAUUGUUGAAGGAAUAUUUUUUGAAUCCUGGAUAUCUUGAAUUUUCUUAUUGGAAUGAACCAAAAAUAUUAGCAAAAAUAUUACUUCAGUAUUUCAUUCAUAAUCCAAAUCAAGUAGAUUUACUCUUCCAUUUGAUAAAAGCAUUCUGUUUUAGAUUCAUAUCCGAUUUUCAGGUAAGUUACAAUAAAAACUACUUUUUGCUUACAAAUUAUUAUUUAUUAAUACAUAGAUAAAUUAUUUCUACCUGUAUUGACUAUUAAACUAAACAUUAGAUUUCUUCUGAAUUUUUUUCAAAUUUCUAUUAAAAAGCCUGUGCCAUAAGAACUCAUUCUUUUAUCCUUUAUCCAUCUAAUCUCAUUAUAUUAUACAUUCACAAAUCAUAUCUAUCAAUCUAUCAUAAUAUGUUAUGAGCCUGCAAUAUUUAAUACUUGCUUUCACAUAAUUUUGGCCUAUUUAUUAUUUUAUUUUCAUUUUCAUUAACUAAUAUUCCGUUUAUAUUUUUAGUUUUUGCGUAUCUAUUUGGAAGAUACUGUUGCAAAAUCGUUUUCUCCUCAAUGGAAACGUUUAGCAUUCUUUCGUUUUGUGGACAUAUUUCAAGAUAAUAAUAUGAGUAAUCAUUUUAAGUCUAAAAUCUUGCAGUAUAUAAUACUACCUUGUGUUUCGGCAAGUUAUGAUAAAAAUGAACAACAAGUUUUAAUCCAUGGUACAUCAAUUCCUUCAGAUUCUACUGGCAAUAUAGUUACAUCAUAUAUAUAUCAGGUAAGUAAUAUUGUUAAAAUAUUUUAAUUUUAUGAUCUUUAAAUAAUUUAUUUUUUUAGUUAAUUGUACAUGAAGUACCACCAGGAAUUGGUGAAGAUAGCAUUCGUAUACAUCUAUUACAACUUGGAUGUAUGCUAGUCGAUGAUUUCCCUAUUAAUAAAGAUAGUGCAUUUAGUCCAGAUGGGCUCUGUGAAAAUUUAAAACGAGUAAUGAGCUAUGCUUGGCCAUGUUUAUUGGAUAAAUCCUGUGUUGAUCCAACUGCUCGAUACAGUGGACAUUUAUUACUCUCAUACAUAGUUGCUUCAUACCAUGUUAAUAGUCGAAUAAUUUUACAAGGUAUAAUUAUAACUAUAGUUUAUUAAUUUGGAAAUAUAAUAGAUUAUUUCUACAUUAUUAUUAUAUGUAUUUAGUCAUUUUAAUACAAUUGUAAUUUUAUAGUUUUCCAUGAAUUACUAAAAGCAUAUCAUGUUGAAGUAAGAAAUGUAGUUAGACAAGCAUUGGAUUUAAUAACACCAGCAUUGGCUAUUCGAAUGAACAAUGGAAAUAAACUGUUAUGCCAAUGUACAAAGAAAAUCAUUGUUGAAGAAGCACAUUUAAUGCAACAAUUAUUUCAUGUACUACACUUGGUAGUCAGACAUUACAAUGUAAUUUUUUAUUUAUUAUUAUUAAUAAUAAUUUUAAUACAUUAAUCUUAAAAUUGUUUAUGUUUGGGAUAUAAUAUAAAUUAUAUGAAUAUAAAACAAUGUGCUAUUUCUAUGCUAAGGAUUAAUUAUGUGUGAUAAUAGCUAAAAUUGAUUAAAGUUUUACAAAUUUCUUUUUUUGUAGGUAUAUUAUCCGAUUAGACAUAGACUUAUUCAACAUAUGUUGAAUGCAAUGCAAAGAUUAGGUUUUAUGUCAUCUGCUACAUUUGAACAUAAAAAAUUAGCUGUAGAAAUGGCUGAAGUUAUUAUUAAAUGGGAACUGCAACGAAUUAAAAAUGAAAAUAUAGCAGAGGUAUAUAACAACAAUAAAUUACUAAUGGAUGUUAUCUAAUCUUUCUUUUUACUUUUAGUUUUCUACUCAUAUGUAUACAGGGUGAUUUGUUAUCAUGAACCAGCAAAUAUCUCGGAGAAUUUUGAGUGAAUUUGAUUUCUGUUUUUUUUUUUACUCUUUAUGGAAUUGUUUAAGCUUUAUUUUAAAAAUGGUUUUAAAUUCCAUAAAGAUUAAAAAAAAAAAAAACAUAAAAAAAAUUCACUUAAAAUCCUCUGAGAUAUUUGCUGGUUCAUGAUAAAAAAAAUCACCUUGUAGAUUACCUUAUACUCCUGUUAGUCCUUAUUUGUCUAUAUCUUAUAACUCUUUACUGUGGUCACCAGUUUCAAUAUUGAUAAUGUAGCAUAUUUUAAUAGAAUUUGUAUUGUACAUUUAUCCUAUUCAGUAUUAAAAUACACCAAUAUAUAAGAUAUACAUAAACAAUCUCAUAUUAUGUAUUAUUAUUAUUACUUAAUAUAUUAAGAACACAUACUUCUUCUAUUUUUGUUUCACCUUUUAUCUCAUCUGUUUGGGGUUGGAGAAUUAAAAAUUAUCAGAAAAAUAUAAUAAAAUUAAUUAAACAUGUAACUUUGGUUAGGCUAUUUGAAUAUAAUUUGUUAAUUUUUAUUACAUACUAUAUGUGUUGAACAAAAUUGGUCCAACAUAUUAUGAUAUGUUGAUAUUUUAAUUUUGGAUAACUCAAUGCAAACAUUUUAAAUAAUUUAUUUUUUAUUUUGUUUUUUUUAAAUCCUUUUUAUUUUUAAUAUGAUGCUUAACAAAUGGUAUUUAAACUUUUAUUGUGUUAUUACCAAUUUUAGAACAGUGUUUAGAUUUAUAGUACACUUUCAUUUCAUGUACAUAAUCAUCCUAAUUCAAUUUUACUCUACUAAAUGACAUUGAUUUUUCCAAUUCUUAUAUUUUUCUCUUCUAAUUAUUUUUCCUUAAAUUAUAUGAAGAAAUUAAAUUACAGCUUUUUUUUUAGUUGUAUUAGCUAAAUAUUUUAUGUUUUAGAACUCUGUGGAAGUAGUUAAAAAAAUUAAACUUGAACCUUCAAUGUCAUUACAAUCAGAUGACACUGAUAAAGAUAAACCCAUAAGUAAAAAUGACUUUGGAGUUGUUUUCAAUUUUUUGGCCAAAAUUGCAUGCCAGGUUUGUUUUCAGUUUUUAUUUAUUUAUUAAUUUAUUACUUAUCAAUUAAUAGGAAAUAUUUUAAUAAAAUACAGCAGUGGCGUGGUGAACUAUUUAAAUUGUUUGGGCUAAUUUCAUAUGAUACCCAUCACUUUUUUUUUUUUAUAUCUUACAGCAAUGCUUACACUAGAUACAAAUUACCUAAUUCCUAUGUAUAGAUUAUAUAUACAGUAUGUCCCAGAUGAUCAUAAAAAUGUAAUUUUUCUUCUUAUCAAUGUCCCCUUUGAAGAAAAAACAAUUGAAAAAAAAAAUAAAAUCUAAUAAAAUUUAAUAUUAAAAAUGCUAGAAAAAUUUGUCAAAUAUGAUGGGACACUGUAUAUAUAUUUGUUUAUAUAACAACAAUUACUGAAUUUUUCAAUAAACAUUUAAAACAUCUAUAUGAAUAUUGAUUAAUAAAAAUGGUGUAUGUAGAUAAAAUACUCAGUUUACUGAUUAAAUAGGUGUAGUUAAAUCUGAGGAAUUUCAUUUUAUUACCUAUCUUGGUAUAUUAUUAAAUUGAAAUUGAAUGCAGAAUAUUUAAUAAUUGUAUAAGUUCUACAAGCAAUUAACUGACAUUAAUUACUAUAUUUACAUAAAUAAUUAACUAUUUCAAUUAAUUUUUUAACUCAUCCCAGAAGAUGGGAUCCAGUCACCCAAUACCAACCACCAUUGGUUUAAUGGCCAAGGAAAAAAUGGAAUAGAUAAAUUAUGAAAAUAUAAAUAUAGAUAAUAGAUGAAAGCCUUUUUGUACACACUUAACAUUUUUGAUUAAGGCCAUAUUUUCCAAUAAUUUGAAUUACUUAUACAAAAUUUUCCAUUGGUCAUAUUUUUCUUUGAUCAUUUUAGUAUAUGGUUUUAUUUUCCAUCUACCAUAUUUUCUUUUGGCCAUUUUCUGAUAUGACCUUAUUUUUCCUUUGGUGAUAUAUGCCUCUGCCCAUUUCAGUAUAUGGCUAUUUUUGAUUUAGCCAUUAUUUCCUCUAGAAUACUAACAACCGCUGCUCAAAAAUACCUUAGGCCAUAACUCCUAAAAAUCACUAUCUCCAAGCCACUGAAAUACAGUAAAAACUGUUAACAUUAACACUGAUACAACAUACUUCAAUAUGUUGUAAUUAUUAGCUCAUAUUAGUGAUUAAAUGAGAGCAUUGAGUAUAUAGUCAUAUUAUUUUAGUAACUGAUUUUAUUAUUAGUUAUAAUUAUAAUAAUUUCUGUUAUACUUAUUAAAACAUAUAAAUAUUGGUCUCUAGGUAAAUGAUGGUGUUGCUGGAGGUUUGGCAGAAUUAUUAUCAAAGCGUUGUGUUGCUUUAUUGAGAACUGCUUUCAAAUCUGAAGCAAUAAUGUCUAGAUGUAUUGACAUGUUAAAAUUAGCUUGGAUGGAAAAAGUAUUUUGUACUGUCUCGAGUUUAGAACCUGCUGCUAAUAAUCCUGCUACUGCAGUCGCUGUUGCAAAUAUUUCUUCAGCAUUUGAUCUUUUAGCAUUCUUUUUGAUAAUUUUACCAAAAGAACAACUUUUAAACACAAUUAAACCUCUUCAAAAAUCAUUAUAUGAAUGUAUUAGUACUACUAAUAUGAAAGUAAUUGAAGUAUUAAUAUAUUUUUAAACUUUACAUUCAUUUUAAUUUUUAUAAUAUUUUAGAUCGGACGAAUGGCUCAUUCAUUCCUGACACGUUUAAUUUUUAAUUUCCCUAUGAUUAAACCAUAUCUUAAUGAACUCGAAGAGCUAUACAUUCUAAUAAAUGUGGUAUGUUAUUAUAUUUUAUUUUUUAAACUUGAGAAUACAAAAAUUAAUUAAUUAUGUAAAUUUUAGUUAAUUGAUGAAAGUUUAAAUAAUUUUGAGAAAAAUAUAUCCCAGAAUUAUAAUCGAUUUUUGACAUGUGUCAUUAUGUUAAAAGCAGCCGGCGCUAACAAUACAGCUUUUAUCGAUAACUUGUCAUCUCGCUUUGUACAUGUUCUACAAAAAGUUUGCCGUGAACAGCCACAAUCUACAAAUACAGAAUCUUCAAUGGGAAUUAAUGAAUUGGUUAUACAAAGUUUAGACUUGAUGAAAAAUAGAGUUAGCAAUAUGCAUAUUGAAACUCGAAAAACAUUUAUUGGUACUAUUCUUGUUGGAUUAAUUGAAAAAACCAAUGACUCAAGAAUUAUGAAAACAAUUUUAAAGGUGUGUUUUUAAUUAUUUAUUUGUUGGUUGAUCAUAAUUAAUUUAUUGUAGUGAAUUUUCAUUGCUUUUUUUUAACAAGACAUACAAAUAAAAAAAACCGACAUUUAAAAUAUGUGUAAAUAAUUAUAAAGAAGCUAAACAAUUUAUUAUUUAUUAUUUAAUUUAUUAUAUUUUACUACUUUGUAUAAAAAAUACUAAUAUAAGUAUUUGGCAAAAAUGUUUUCUAUGAUUAUUUACUUUUAAUCUAUAUGUAACAAAAAACAAAAUUGAUUAUUUUAGUUUUCCCUAUUGAACAAACCAUUGCACCAACUAGAUAAAAAAAGGCUAUCAAAAACCAUGCAAGAUGUUGAUAAUAUUCUAAUUAAAAUUAUAUUCGUAGACAAAAAAAAUAAACACCUCAAAAUCAUACUAGUUAGGCUUUGAAAUUUGAAUUGAGUUUAAUACCAAAAUAAAUUGUUCUUUUCUUUUAAAAAUGUAUUCUUUUUUCCUUUUUAACUACUUAAAUUUGGCUGUUUGGUUUGAAUUGAUUGUAUCAAACAAAUUUAACUUAAAAUACAAUUAUAAGCUUUAAAAGUUUUUAUUGUUUUAGAUGUUAGAAGAAUGGAUGCGUUUUCCUCCAAAUGAAGGACCUAAUUUACGUGAAAAGUCUAUAUUAUUAGUAAAAAUUAUGCAGCAUAUUGAAAAAAAAUUUCCUGAUCUGAAUUCUCAAUAUUUAGAUAUCAUUAUACAUAUUUAUAGGUAAUAUUUUUUUUCAUUUUAUAUUUUCCAAUAUGUAAUGUAAUGUGUGAUUUAUAAUCCAUGUUAAAAUUAGUCAUGAAAUAAAUAUUCAGUAUUUUUCAAUGCAAAAUUAAUUAAUUCUAUUUAAGUAUAAUAAAUUACUAGGUAUUCUAAGUGUAAUAUUAAUUUUGAAUUUUUUUAGAGAUGAAGAAUUGCGUAAUUCUGAACUUGGACAUAAAUUAGAAGCAGCAUUUUUAAGUGGCUUACGAUGUUCACAACCUCCUGUUCGUGAAAAAUUUUUCGCAUUAUUUAACCAACAAAUCAAUACUAGACUACCUGAACGUUUAUUGUAUAUAGUAAGUUCUCAAAACUGGGAACCUAUGAUGACCCAUUAUUGGAUAAAACAAUGUAUUGAAUUAAUAUUAGCUACAGUUGAUCCAAGUAAGAAUAUCUAAAGUAAUAUCUAGUAAAAAUAAAUUUUAAAAGUAAAGACUGUUGAAUCUAUCUAUUAUUAGUAUUUUUUUAAAUAUUUAAAUUUUAUUAUUUGAAAAACAUAAUUAAUGAUACAUUUUUAAAAUAAAUAAUAUUCAUUAAGGAAUAUAAUAAUAUAAAGACUGUAUUUUAACAUUUGGUUUUUUAAAUUUAAUUUGUGUAACUCAUAAAAUAAUAAAAUGUAUUAUUUUUAAUUAUAAUUAUCUUAUUGAAAUAAAUAAUUUUAGAUUUGCCUGUGACUUUAAAAGAUUCAAAUUCAUCUACUUCAUCAAAAUUACCAACAAUUAAAGAAUUAGUCAAUAAUUGUGAUUCUUCAUUCAGAGAAGACAUUUUUAAUACUAAUGAAGAUAUUACAGUUAAAUCAGAGUAUGCAAUGGAUACUGACCAAAUGGUGACUGAUAAUAUUGAAGUUGUUGAGGGUGGAAAACUAGAACCAUUAAUUACCAGACACAUAAAAUGUAUGGAUAAUCUAAAAACAAUGAAACUUGGAGAUAUGUGUUCAGCUAUAGCUCAACUUUGUCAUAUGGAUUCAAGCUUAGCUGAAAAAACUUGGCUUGUUUUAUUUCCUGCUAUUUGGGAAUCAUUAAAUUCUACACAAAAAACUGUAAACACUCAAAAUAUUUUUAAUGUUAUAUUUUAUUAUUAUAUUUGUUGUUGUUUUUAGAUACUUUUGCCUGAAAUUAAUCAAUUUAUUGUAAGUGGUAUUCACGUUGUUCAAAGAGAUGUUCAUCCAAGUGUUAUUUCUACGUUCUUUGAGGCAUUAUUUCAAUGUCAACCAAAAAUAAAUUUUAAACCCAGCGUUAUGUUAUAUAUUGGUAAAUCUCAUAAUUUAUGGCAUCGUGUUACUCUAUCUUUGGAAAAAAUGAUGAUAGAUAAUAACUUUGAAGUAUCCAAGCAAGAUUGUUAUGAAUUUGAACCAGAAAUAUCUCCUCAAAGAGUAUGUUUUUAUAAAUGUAUUGUUGAUUAAAGUAGUAAUCCACAAAUCAACAAAUGUCUGCUUUUAGGAUGUUAUUGAUACAUUAGCAGAAAUGUACAAACAGCUUAAAGAAGAAGAUAUGUGGGCUGGUUUGUGGCAAAAACAUGCUCAAUACCGUGAGACUAAAGUUGCCCUUGCAUUAGAACAACAAGGACUUUUUGAACAAGCUUUAUCUACAUAUGAGUCUUUAAUUGAAAAAUAUCAAACUGAAUUUUCCAGUUUACCUGCAUCAGUAAUGGUUUUAAGUGAAGCACGCUUAUGGGAAUCGCAAUGGAUUAGGUGAACAAAUUAUCUUGGUCCAUACAAUUUAUUUUGUUAUAUAUAAUUUUAUCUUACAGAUGUUCAAAAGAGCUUAAUCAAUGGGAUAUUUUACUUGAAUAUUCAAAACUCAAUGGUCAUCUCAAUCCGUUUUUAAUACUUGACAGUGCAUGGCGUAUACCUGAUUGGCAUGUAAUGAAUGAAGCAUUAAGUUGUGUUGACAAUACGUGCCCAAAAGAAUUCUUAUGGAAGGUAUCAAAUAAAUGUUUCAUUCAAAUUAUAUAAUUAUUAUUGUAAUUUAAAAAUAUAAGUAUUUACCUAUUUAUUUUUUAUUAGAUGUAUUUAUACAGAGGGUUUUUGGCAAUUUGUCAUCCAGAAGAUCCAAAUUUACCAUAUGUUACUAGAAACGUUGAAAUGGCUAGUAUUCAUGUAAUUAGAGAAUGGAGAAGAUUGCCACAUAUUGUAUCACAUAUACAUUUGCCAUACCUUCAAGCUUCCCAACAGGUAAAAAUAUAAUAAAAUAACAUAAUAACAUUUAUAGACAAUAAAAAAAAUGGAUAAAACAUAUUUCUAAUUAGUAGUAUUGAUAAGACUAUAUAAAUUUGUGAUAGAAAUUGUAGUAGGAUGUUGAUGACUUAUGCAUUUUUUUUUUCUUUGAUCUUAUAAUGCUAUUUAAGCUAAAUAUUUGUUUCAUGCUUUCUUGAUUUAGAGUAUGCUAAUUUUAUUUUGCAUUUUUGUUCUAUGUAUGGGCAUUUUUCUCAAAUUUUAGAUUUUAAUGAAAAUGUGUACAAAUUUUUUCUAUAAUUUGUUUUUAUUGUAAUUAAAUUUAUUGCAUACUGAUAAGAUUUACUGUUUGCAUGAUAUACAUUUAUAAACCAAUAAAUUGUGUAGAAUAAAUCCGGUAAACAAAAUUAAAUUGAAAUAAACGAAUUAAUUGCAGUAAAUGGAAUUAUGGUCAGUAGUGAAUCGGCACUCACAUUCACCAUUUAACCGAUAUAUAUUUUAAAUUUUAUAUUUUAACAAUUUUAAACAUAACAUAAACUAAAUUGCCUGUAAGUAGAUUUUUUUGGAGAUUUUAAGUGCAUUUAGUACUUUUGUGUGUUUUUUUAGGUUAUCACUAUCCUAACUAUAUAUAAGCUAUAGAUAAACCACAAACUAUUAGUGUUAAUAUAUUAUUAAAUAUCCUCGCCAUUAAUUUAUAAUAUGAUGUACAUUACUUAUGCCACAAUAAUUAUAAAACUUUUCAGUAGGUAUACAAAUUAUUUUCUUAUUAAUAUACACAAAAAUUAAACAUUCAAAUUAUGUGAUGUAAGUAUUUAAUAAUUUGUAUCACAGCAAUAUAUAUUUCUUAUAUUCUAUAUUACCCCCUGGUUUACAAUACCACUAUUCUUAUUUUUUUUAUUAAUUACAUUUAUCCAUAAAACAUAAACAAUACAUUUUUACCACAUUAAUAAUUAAGGAUACAAAAAUAUAGAUUUAUAUAACUAUAAAAACAAACUUAAUUUAAUAUUUACAUAGUCAGGAACAAAUGUACUUAUUUGUUCUUGUCCGAAAAACAGUGUUAAAAAUAGGACAACUAAACUGUAAAUCAAAUCAGUCUCUCACUUGCCAGACAAUUGCUCUACCAUUAAGCUACCCGAUACCUGACUUAACACAAUUUCCACUGGACUUGACCAAUCUAACGUCAUAAUCGUGUGUGUAGAGUAGAGGGGACGAUCAGCAAUCGACAACCAUAUCAAAAUAUUCAAGACAUUAUCAUGGAACAACAAAAUCGCUAACUUAAAUUUGAUCAGAUUUAUUGUUUUGUCAAAAUAUUGCUUAAUAAUGAAUAUAUUGAUUAAAUUACUAAAAAUAGGUUUCAUGUUUGAGUGUUGGUAUUUUUUGAUCUAAUAAUUAUUUUGCGACUUUGGUUAUCUCAAGUUUGAUUGUCUGAUUAAGUACCUGAAAUUGCACUUGUAAAGGAUUGUACUUUGAACGCAUGCAGUUCUAUCAGCCAUAAAUAUUGUUACCCAAGCGUGAGCUUGUCAAAUUUUAAUAGAGGAUCAAAAUAGUUAUCUGUGGUAGUUGAGAUAAUAAAAGAGUACCAUUAUUUUUCUAAACACUGACUAGUAUUCUUGUAUACAAUGGUAAUUUUUCAUAUUUUAUUAAAGUGUAAGUUACAGAAUUUACUCCAUCUAUUUUAAAUUGUGAACCAUUUCUUAACAGUUUAUUUCUAUUUUCAUUUGGCAUUUCUUUAUUGUGUGUUAACAUUGUAUACCUUGACACAUAUAGCUGAUAUCGACAAAUAUUAUAUCCUCCACUGUAAACUCUUUGGAACAUAUCAUCAUCUUCGCCUCCCCAUCCAUAAAACACGUUCGAAAAGCCAUUAAUAUCACGAUAUUGUUUUCGUGUCAUAGCAAUAGCACCACCAAAUAUAGUACGGUAUGGCAAAUUAUAAUCAAAAACAUUUAUACUAGAACUCAUAUGUCUUGGGCAGUUUGUACAACCAUAUAUAUUAUUUAUAUUUUCUGGGAUUAGAUCAACAUCAUGAAAAAUAAAGCAUCCCGCAGAAGAACGAAUUGUAACUUCACGAUAUCCAGCAUUAAAUAAUUUUCCACGAUUAAAUUUAGUAUCAAAUGUUUGUUCUAUUACAUAUAUUUGGUAAUGUAUGUUUUGCUUUUGUAAAAAUGAAUGCAUAUAAUGUAUAAAAGUCUGAAGUUGCGUAGGUCGAUUACGAUAGCACACUAUAAUUGCAAUAUGAUGUUGAGGUAUGCAAUGCUUUGGCAUCCAUUCUCCACCCAAUGAAAUAUUAGAUUGCUUAAUAAUAUCCAAUUGUUUACUGCUAGUUGGCACUUUUAAUAGACUUGUUUCUUCAUUAAUUUGUGCUAUUGGACAUGCACUAAUAUUAAGACCAUAUUCACCAGCACUUGUUUUGACUAAGUAUUUUGGAAUAUCAUUUGUGUUUAUAUAAGUAAUUGGUGCACGUAAUAUGAUAAAAACAACACCAACAAUUAAGCAAAUACUUAUUAUUAUACAAAUUUUUAAAAACCAGUGAAAUCUUCUUUUAAUACAUACUAAAAAUAAUUUCAUUUUAUAUUAGGUCUUUAAUUAAUAAAUUUAAAAUUAAUUCAAGAACUAUAGAUUUUAAUUUAGCAAACAUAUUAUUUUACUAACAACAAAGUACUAAGUACAAGUAUACUAUGUAGGUAGCAACUUACAAUACAAAUUACAAAUAUCAAAGCCUAAUAUAAAAAUUUUAUCAGAAACUAUUUAGUUUUUUUCUUGGUCCCAGUGUUGCCAGAUAUUGAUAUGGUAUUAUCACAGAUUAUAUGAAAUUUAAUCUGCAAUGAUCUAUAAUGUUCGCCAUCGACUGAUUGUAUUUAUUACCAUACAAAUGUACAAAUUUAAAAAUGUUUGUACGAACAUACUUUGUUUAUUUUAUGUUUGUACACUGAUCUCAAUGUUUGUUCAAAUACGAACAUAUUUGUACGCCUGGCAACGCUGCUUGGUCCGUUCUAUUCCGUUGUAAUUACAAUCGUGUAAGGAAUCCUGGAAAAAAAUCCCUGCAAAUAUAUCCCCAAAGCAACUAUACUGUCAAAAUUAUAUGUAUAAAACAAAAUGAAUAUAGUUUAAUCAUCAAUUGUUUGAGUGUAUAUUGUGCACACAGCUGUCAAAAAUAAUAAAUAAUUAAAAAAAAUAUAUAAUCUCGUAUGUAGGUGUAACCAUUAAAACAUAUUUUUUCCUUGUGUGGAUUUAAUUAUUUCUAUAUUUGCACAGUCGCACAGUUCGAAAUUACUCAACAGGAACUGAAGAAGUACUUACCGUAAUACCAGGGGUAAUAACUAAUAACAUGAUAGUUACCAAAUAUGUAUGUCUAAAUAAUUUUUAUCUAAUGUAUUUUUCUAUUUCCACAAUUUAUCGCUGUAAACAAUUGAUUUUAAAUAUUUGGUAACUAAAAUUAGUUAUGCGGGCUUCCCUUAAGAGAAUAGAUAGCACAUUUAUAUUCAAUAAAUUAUUUUUUUGGAAUAUUUGCUGUUUCGUUUGUAAUGUCAGGACUCGUUCAAGUUUAAUGCCUAUGUAUUUUGAUUCCUCGUGCUCUAAUUCUGUGCCUUGCCAAUUAAUUCUUAAUUUUCGUUUAGCGUCUCUCGUAAGUGGAAAGUAGUUAUUUGUGUUUUUGCAGGAUUCGGUUUUAGAUAGUUGUUAUGGUAAAAUUCUUUCAUAGAAUUAAGCGCAACAUUCAGGUUCUCUUCUAACUUCUGGAAUGUUUUGCCUUGGAUUGUAAUAGCAAGGUCAUCAGCGUAUAUAAAGUGUUUCGUUUAGUCCCCAAUUGGUUGAUCAUUUAAUUUGAUCAUUAGUAUAUACAUUAAAGAAGAUUGGUACUAGUACACUUCCUUGAGGUAAUCCAUUAUUUUGUCUUCUCCAUCUGCUUUUUUUGUUCUGCAGUAAUAAAUAGAAUCGUCUAUUCCUGAGUAAUAAACCAAUGAUUUUUGUAAAUUUCGCAUCUUCUGUUAGCUCAUAUAUUUUCUUUAGAGACAAUUUAUGAUUGACCGCAUCGUGUGUAGCGUUGAGGUCGAUAAAAGCCGCACCUGUUAUUACCUUGUUCUCAUAGCCUUUCGCUAUUUCUUCAACAAGCUUAAGUAUUUGUCCCGUGCAUGACUUACUAUCCCUAAAGUUAGACUGUUGCUUAAUAAGCUUCCCGUUAUUCUUGUUGCUUAUCCUAUUUAGUACCAUUCUCUUAAAAAUGUUUUAGGUAUGACAUAAUAGUGUCACAGGUCUAAAAUUACAUGCAUCUGUAGGCUUUCCCAGGCUUCAAUGUCACAAUAUAUGAUUUAAAUCAUUCUGUUGGAAUAUUGUUGGUUUCGAUACAGUUAUUGAACAUGUUUAGUAGACAUUCCUUAGUUAUAGAGCCUAGUUACUUGAUCUGUUCCGUCAUGAUACCGUCGAUCUCUGUUGCUUUCCUGUUCUUCAUUGUUCAGAUCGCCUUAUUCAGCUCAUCCAUCUCGAACGGUUCGUUGAAGUCACUUGUAUUAUUAUUCAUAUCCAUUUUAAAUUUAAGCUUAAUUUUCUUUCCUUUAGUUUUGUCAUUCAUUAAUAUUUUGUGUUAAUAUAUUGAUUUGGUGUUAUAUUUAUAUGUUUUUUCGGUUAUUGUUUUUCAUUGUUCAUGCUUUUUAUUAGCUUUUAGGCUUUAUUACUAUUUUUAACCAUAUCUAAAUCCUUAAUUAAUGAUAUCCUUUUUUGCGUUCUUCGGCUAUCCUCUUAAUGAAAAGUUCUCUAGCUUCAAUUGUUAGUUCAGAGAAAGGAUCUUGUUUGUACUUUUCGUAGUAAACUUCGAAGUCCUUGAUGUCUUGUUGUAGUCCCUUGAUUUAGUAGGUGCAGUAUCUCCUUGGUAUAAUUUUUCUUGAAAACUUUAAACUAUCAACAAAUUUUUAUUGAUUGAGGUGUUGGUUGUAGCGUUUGUAUUUCGAUAUCCAUAUACUUGGUGAAUUCUGCCCAUUUAGCCUUUUUAAAGUUGAAUCAUUCUGCCCAAUCUUCGACAUUCUCGCUAACUUUAUUGUUCUCCGUAUAUCCCCACAUCACACUGUGACUGUUGAAAUCACUUAUUACAAUUUUUGUAUAACCAUUCCUGUAAUUCUCUAGUUAGGUGCUCCCGUAUUUGCUAUGUGGCCUUUCUACCACUAGUCUCAUUCGAUUUAUUUUUGGUCUUCUGUUGUUGGUUUUUUGAUGAUUGUCCUGUAGGCACAGCACAUCACAUUCCUAUGUUUUAUAUAACUCCAGCAAAAUAUUUUCUUUUUCUGGUGUAAGACCUUCGAUAUUUGUGGAUAUCAUUAUCAUGGUUGGCCCUGAAAAGGACCUUUUUGAUUGAAGACCGUGGUUGGUAGGAUUGUUUGGCGAUAGUUGCAUUGUGGUCACAUAUACCAGAUAUAUUUCAUAGACUUACAAUCUCGCUGUUUCAGGGCACCACGUGGAGGUUCCUGCCAUGCUCCCAGUCCAGCCUCUGUCUUGUGGUCAUUAUUUUAGUAACCACAAUUUUUAAUACGGCUAGUGGUAGCCAUCUCUUUAAUUUUGUGUGCUAUAAUUCACGUUUUUUAUUUAUUUACUUUACAUUUUUAUAUAUACAGGGCGAUUAACAUAGCAUAUGACUCUCAUUAUCACGGAAAGUAAUAACUUUUUUUGAAGUUUUUGUUUUUUAAAAAAUAAAGAAAUAAGUAGCCUUAAAAUGUUUCAUUACUCAUUUUUGACACCCUUAUUUUAGGAAGUGAGACCACUACCUACUUUUGAUUUUCAGAUAACAAUCUAUAUUGAAAAUUCUAUAAAUAAAUGGAGUAUUAAUUUAAAUAACUUCCACUUAUAUUAACAUAUUAUUGAUGUUAUAUAUAUAUAUUUUUUUUUUCAGUCUUCAAUUCUUAGAUUGGUUUGCUGCAGUUUUCCAUGCGUUACUUAAUUCCUUUAGUUCCUUAUAACUAAUCUUCCCCAUGUCAAUUAUGAUUUGCUUCAUGUACUCCAUCCUUGGUCUUCCUCUUCCUAUAUGGCCUUCAACGUCGCCUUCUAUGACGGUUUUUUAUAGACUCUCAUGGCGUAGUAUCCUAUCAUUUUAGCUCUUCUAACUUUUAUGGUAUGCCGUAGUAUUUUCUUUUCUUUUAUUCUAUUUAAUACUGCUUCAUUCGUUAUUCUAUCAAUUCAUUUAAUUCUUAACAUUUUACGAUAGCACCACAUUUCGAAGGCCUCUAGUUUUCUUUUCUCUAUUGCACUGAUUGUAAUCCUAAGUAAUUAAAGUGAUGCACUUGUUCAGUGCGUGCGUUAUCUAUAUGUAUAUUAAGUAGAACCGGGUUUGUCUUGCUGCACGCCAUAACCUUUGUCUUUUUUUGAUUUAAUCGCAUUCCAUAUUUGUCCCAUAAUGUUUUAUUGACCUUAGUUAAAAUCUUUUGCAGGUCAUUCUCUGUUUCUGCGCAAAAAGCAAUGUCAUCAGCAAAUCUCAGUGCAUUAAUUGUUUCUCCACCUAUUCUAACUCCUUGUUUUACUUCUAUUCUUAAUUCUUUCAUUACUUCUUCAAUAUAUAGAUUAAACAGCAUCGGUGAUAGGUUGCAGCCCUGUCGUACACCCUUUUUAAUUUUUGCUAUUUCUUCUUUCCCAUCUAUACGUAUUAGUAAAGUUUGGUUUUUGUAUCAAUUAUAGAUGCAUCUUCUGUCGUAAUACUUAAUCCCAAUUAAUUUUAGAAUAUCGAAUAAUAUACUCCACUUUACAUUAUCAAACGCCUUCUCCUAAUCGACAAAGGCUAUAAAUGUAUCUUUGUUUCUUCUAAUUUGUUCCCUGGUUCCUAUGUUUUUUCUGAUCUUUACCCAGAUUUUCUUCUAUCUUUUUGUCUAUCCUGUUUUUGAUUAUUCUGGUGAUGAUUUUGGAGGCAUGUGUGAUGAGGUUUAAUGUUCUGUCUUCUUCUUGUGUUCCUUUCCUUUUUGGAAUCAGUAUCACAAUACCCUUCUUAAAAUCACUAAUGGUUUUUCCUUUUAAAUAUAUUUCAUUGCAUAUUUUGUACAGUUCUUUUCUAACAACUACGUCUGUGUAUUUAAGUAACUCUGCUGGGAUUUCAUCUACACCAUACGCUUUAUUGUUUUUAAGGAAGUCAAUCGCAUGAUCAAAUUCUGCAUGUAAGAUAUAAUCACCUUUAUCAUCUUCAUCUNUUUAUUAGUGUUCCUGCGUUUUGUUUCCUUUCACGGAAAAGCUUUUUAAUUUCUAAAAACGCCAAGUCACUUCUUCCUCUUUUUAAAAAUUCUUCUGCUUCCUUACACUGUUCAUAUAGCCAUUCUUCUUUAGCUUUUUUUAUCUUCCUUUGCACAUCAUUUCGUAAUCUUUUGUAUUGUUCUUGUUCUUGAGUGCUAAUUUGAUUUUUAUACCUUCUUCUUUCAUUUAUUAGCUUAACAAUUUCGUCUGUCAUCCAAGGCUUUCUCGCAUCUUUUUUUUGGGUUCCUAUUACUUCCUCUGCCUGGUUCUUUAGAAUUUUCUUAAUAUUGUCCCAUUUAAUUUCCUCUGAAUGACAGUUAUCAAUUAGUAUGUUGUAAAAUGCUUUCUUACAUUUCUCUUUAAAUUCUAUUCUCUUCUCAUCUUUCUUAAACACUUUUAAAUUCCAUUUUUUUUGUAAAUCCACCUUUCUUUAUUUUUUUGUACUUUAUAUUUGUUUCCAUAAUAACUAGAUUGUGUUCGCUGUUAAUAUCAGCACCAAGAUAAGUUUUGCAUUGUUUAAUUUGAUUUUUAAAACGUUGUUUAGUCAUAAUGUAAUCGAUUUGAUAUCUCGCUGUAUCUCCUGGCCUUUUCCAGGUAUAUAUUCUUCUUUUAUGGUGUUGGAAAAAAGUAUUUGCAAUUGUCCAUUUGUGUUGUGUACAGAACUUUAUUAGUCGUUCCCUUCUCUCAUUUCUGGUUCCCAACCCAUAACUACCCGUUAUGUUACUUUCUUUCCCUUCGCCUACUGCUGCAUUCCAGUCGCCUAGGAUUGUAACAUUCUCUCCUGCUUUAGUCAUCGCCAUUAUUUUAUCUAUUUUAUCGUAAGUUUCUUCAACUUCUUCAUCAUUAUGUGAUGAUGUUGGCAUGUAUAUUUGGAUAAUCGUUGUAAUAGCAGGUUUAGUAUUAAUUUUAACCAUGAUGAUCCUAUCUGUACAUUGAUAGUAGCUGAUCACACUUUCCCCACACUGUUUAUUCAUGAUGAUGCCAACACCAGUAUGUCCAUUACUUGAGUCUGUAUGAAUGAAUCUAUACUCAUCACUCCAAAAAUCACCGGGAUCUGGCCAUCUUACUUCACUUAUCCCUAUAAUGUCAAUAUUUAAUCUUCUCAUUUCUAGUUUUAAAUUUUCAAACUUUCCGCUUCUUCUCAAGGACCUGACAUUCCAUGUGCCUACUCUUUUAUAGUUUUGUUUUGCUUUACUCAAGGCGGUCUCCACUUGGACAUCCGAACGGGAGACUAGUUUACGUCCGGAAUCUUUUACAAUGAAUUCACAAUCCAUAACUGCAGAUACUAGGGAUAAUAAGGUGGUGGUUUCCUGUUUCCUUCCACCUCACAGUUUUGUAACCAUUUAGAUGGCUGCCAUCUUUGCUUACAAAUGUUUGGUAUGUAGCUGUACCGAUCCCUUUGAUCUCCACCUACAUCCAAUACUGGGGAAGCUGCUGCUCUUCCCCAGACCCUUUUGGUUGCCUCUUACAUCAAGCAGGGAAUGCUCUGGGCCUAUUCUAUCCCGGACCCAGACGGGUCAUAUAUAUAUAUAUAUAUGUAUAAUAUAUUAUGUAUUUUUUAUUUUAAAAAAUGUUGAUUAUAAUAAUUUAUACUUUUUUUAGAUAAUGGAAUUAUCUGAGGCUGCUCAAAUUCAUCAAGGUUUGCAGGAAAAAGACACAAAUAAUUCAUUACAUAAUAUGAAAGCUAUUUUAAAAACAUGGAAAAAUCGUUUACCAGUUGUAGCUGAUGACUUAAGUCAUUGGAGUGAUGUGUUUGUUUGGCGACAACAUCAUUACCAAUUUGUUAUUGAAUAUUGUUCUCGUCCAGAGCAAUCUACAAAUGCUGUACUGGGUGUACACGCUUCUGCUCAGGUAAUAAUUAAUAAAGUAAUAACAUAUAGUAAACUGACAUUCGUGUUUUUAAUGAACGACUGUAUAGGUGUUUAAGUUGGUACUUAUUCAUACAAGUCUGUGUGUGCUUAAAUAGUAUCUUAGCGUACUAAUAUGGUGUUCCUAAAAUCAUUAUUGUCGGAUUCAAAUUUGACCAUCUUAGAAUGCAUCUUUUGCAUUGAAGAUUUUAAGUUUACACUUAGGAUACUACUUUCUUUGGAAAAUAAUUAGGUUUAAACCAACAUUGCUCCACCCAAUGUAGUAAUUUUUUAAAUUUUUUUAUUAUAUAAGUAAUAAUUAGGGAUCAGAUUUUGUAGCAAAUGAUAUGUUCGCAGGGAAUGUGAGAAAAAUAUAUGUCCUUUAUGUAUUAAUUUUGAUUAAAAUAACAUAAACUUGAGUUACAUUUUCCCACUAAAUGUGCUUUCCCCCUCUUACCCUAUGAAGUCCUCUUUUCUUAAUUUUACAUAAAUUUCAUAAAAAUUGUACACAAUUUUAUGUUUUAUUUUAACCCACUAUAUUAUUUCUAGAAAUAAGUAAAAUUGGCAUAAUAUAAUAAUAAUAAUAAAAAAAAAAAUUGCUAACGUAUUAGAAGCAAAACACAAAUUAAAUGAACCUAAUCAUGAAGUGGAGUUGUGAAAUUGAUUUAAAAAAAAUACAAUUGUGGUUUUCCAAAAAAAAAAAAUCAAUAAUAUAUAUCAUGGAACUCAGGAAUUGCACCAAACAUUAAUAUCUUAUUGAUAAUAAUUAUAUUGAUUUAAAUCAAUAUAAUUGUUUAGUUUAUUUAAAAUAUGCACCGAUUACUUCAGUUGACAAAGAAAGUUCAUUUUCAAUGUAUACAAAGAUAGUCAAAAAUAAAUAUAGUAAAAAUAACUUAACUAAAUAUGUGGUUGUAAAUUUGAUUUUUAAUGUUAAUUUAUAAUUUCAUAUUGUUUAGCAUCUUUAUAUUUUUGUUUUUCAACAAUUUAUUUUGUCACAAGAUUUGAGUUCUAGUAAUGAGUGAUUUAUUAUAAUAUUGUGUGUGCGUGUCUUUAUUAGAAAAGAUGACCGAAAUAUUGUGUUGUGUCACUUGACGCUAAGCAACAUAAUAUAACUAUACUAAUUCAAAUAAAUAAUUAAAAUUUUUAUUUUAGGCAAUAAUUCACUUUGGAAAAGUUAGCCGAAAACAUAAUUUAACUGGAGUUUGUCUUCAAACAUUAUCUCGUUUAUACACAAUUCCAAAUGUACCAGUUGUUGAUUGCUUCCAUAAAAUUAGACAACAAGUGAAAUGUUAUAUGCAAAUGGCAUCUAUAUCAUCCAAUAAACAUGAAAUACAAGAUGUAUGUAUUUUUAUUAAUAUUUAACUUACUAUUAAAUUUUGUCCAUACACUACUCUCGUUGCGGUAGAGCCGCUGGCCGCAGCAGCUCUACAACGUGUAAACACCGUUCAUGCAAAAGCCGCGCCUUGGAAACCGUACAUUAAUAAGUGUUUAAUUUAAUAUUAUUGGUUUUAGUGUUUGGAAGCUAUUGAAAGAACAAAUUUAAAAUUCUUCCAAAGUGAAAUGACUGCUGAAUUCUAUGCACUUAAAGGGAUGCUUCUAGGACAAAUCGGUAACUUUAUUAUUUAUACUUAACAAUAAAUAUUAAAUAAGCCUAAUUUACAAAUAUAUUAAUAGGUAUAUACAAACAUAAUACAUUAUUAAUUUUACUAAUAAUUAAGGUAAAUCUGAAGAAGCUCACAAAGCUUUUUCAGCAGCAGUACAAUUACAUGAUUCUAUGGUAAAAGCUUGGGCAUUAUGGGGCGAGUAUAUGGAAGAAUACUUUACUAAAAGUUAUCCAAAUCAAACAAUGCAAACUGGUGUAGCUGCAAUAAUAUGUUUUCUUCAAGCUUGUCGUCAACAAAAUGAAUCUAAAUACCGGAAAUAUUUAGCUAAAGUUUUAUGGUUAUUAACAUAUGAUGAUAAAGAAUACUCAUUACUCAGUACAGUUGAUACACAUUUCAAUGGAGUUCCGCCUGCAUUAUGGUUACCUUGGGUGCCACAACUGUUAACUACAUUGGCCAGUGAUGGAGGUUCUUUAUUACAAAAUUUAUUAAUACAAGUAAUAAAAAUAUUUUAAUUUGAAAAAAAUAAAUAAAACCUGUGAAUAACAGAGCUCCAAUAAUAUAGUGAAAUUUUCCACUAUUUAUUUUGUAUUAUAGAAAUAUUCUUUAUAAAUAAUAAUUUACUGAAUAUAACUAGUAUUUAUGCAUGUCCAACUGAACUUUAAACAUUGGUGUAAGCCUUGGAUCUCUCACUAUUGAAUCUUUGAAAAUUAGAAAAUAGAAAGUUAAAACGCGCAAAAUAAAAUGUUUAACUACUAAUCUUUUUACUACUCAAUAUAGAUAUACAAUUUCAUCUCUCUAACUUCAUUUAGCGAGGUCCAUAGUCAAAUCUAAAAAAAAAACCUAUCCUACAACAAAAUGCUGAAGUUCAUAUUGAGAUUUAAUAAUUUAAUAAUUAUUUAUUUAUUUUACAGAAUAAAAUUCUAAUUUUAAACAUAUAACAAUAACAGUAAAUGUGAAUGUGUUACAUAAUAUAAUAAUAGACAAUAGUAAUAUAAUAAUGGAUGAUAUAUGUAGUAUAGACAUAACUGAUAAAGAAGUAGUUAUUAAUAUAAAUUUAACAAUUUUUGUUUAGAUUAUUAAGUCAUUAUUCAGUUUGUUAUUAGUUCCAGUUUCCGGUAGACAUUAAUACAUUAGCAGGAUAAUUGAAUACAUAAUUUGAAUAAAUAAAAUGGCCAUUUAUUCCUAGAAUUAAAUAAAGUUACUCUGAAGUUUAUUUAUUUCAAAAGCUUGAGACAAUUAAUUAAAUUAUGUAGUAAUUUAAAGAGAAAUUUUAAAUUAAGCAUUUGAAGUCUUUUAUUUAUUGAAAAAUUUGUUUAAAAAAAUACCUAAAAAUUCAAAAUUAAACUUAAAAGAAAAAAAUCUUAAAAAUUAUUUUGAACUCUAGAAAAAACUCUGAUAUUAAUUAUUAUUAUAUGAAUAAUGCAACCUUUCUCUUAAAUCUGUCUAUAAAACAUUCAGGGAUAAAUAUAAAUUUAGAAAAAAAAGUAAUGAAAAAAAAAACAAUAAAUUUAUUUUACAUAUCUUUUAUUAUAAAAUUAAUAUUAUUGGUUAGUAUUACAUAUUUUAUAGUACUAUAUAAUAGGUACCUACACCAUAUUUUAAUACCAUAGACUAUAUUAUAUAUUCAAUAAUAUUUUAAACGUUUUCACAAAAAUAAUUGUCGACAUUUUUUUUUGAAUAGGACAAUAAUUGUACUAAUGUACCUAUAUAUGUUGUAAUAUAUUAUUAUUUCAUAUGACUUAUUAUAUAAUAUACCUAUAAUAAUAUAAUACAGUUUUUGAUUUUUAAAAAUAAAUAUAUCUACUAUAUACUACAGCCAUAGGUUUAUUUUAAGUUAAUUUUUAUAUAUUUUGUACUUAUAUUAUAAUUAUAGUAGUCAUUUUUGUUACAAUUGAUCAUAGUCUGCAGAUUUUGAUAACUGCCCCAAUAAUUAUUUAUUUAUUUUUAUCUUAAAAAAUGUCAUUGAAUAUACCUAUAUGAUAUGUAAAAUAAUUAUAUUAUUUUUUUUACUUGCUUUUUUUUCUGGCCCCAAAAAAUGAAUCUAGGUAUUUGUAUCAGAUACAAUAAAGUGCAAUAGUCAGUACUUUUUGGAGACAAUUUUACAAAAAUUAAUAAUAUAAAAAUAAUGGUUAUUAUUAUUAUUUAUAUAUUUAUUAUUUUUAGGUUGGACGAUUGUAUCCACAAGCCGUGUAUUUUCCAACUAGAACAUUAUACUUUACUCAUAAAAUUGAAUAUAGAGAACGCUGUAGAAAUUCUGAAUUGUUAGCUGCAGCUAAUAAGCAGUCACAAACUAAUGAUACUACCCAAAGUAAUAAAUCAAAAAUAAAACAUAUUCUUAUGAACAUGUAUAACUAAAAUAACUAUUUAUAGAUUCUACAUCUACUCAAAGCACAGGAUCAACUGAUUCUUCUUUGCGUGCAACACCAGCAAUGGUGCGGUUUUCCAAAGUAAUGCAUCAGCAACGUGAAGUGCAUCCGACAAUUGUUCUAACUUUAGAAGGCAUAGUAGAUCAAGUAAGAUGUUUACUAUUAAAUACAUUUUAAUAAAUUUGCAUAUUAAUUUUGUGUUUUUUGCUGUAUUAACAAAAUACAUAUUUAUGCUUUAGUAUUAUAAUAAUGUAAAUUAACCCUUAAGCACCUAACUAACUCAGUGCUGUUUACUCUUUUGAGGCAAACAAUUUCUUAUGAUUUAAAUUUGUCAAUAUUAAAUUAUAUAGUAUAAUAAUAAAAGCAGAUAUAUUAUUUUUGGAUUCAAUUUAAAAUCAUCAGAAAUAGGUACUUCAUAGGUAUUUAAAUUGUUUUGUUUAUUUAAAUUUAUUUACCUUAAUUUAUGUAUUUUCAUUUAUUCUUUGUAAAUUGCGGUUUGGCAUUAAUAAAAUAAAAUAAAAUAAAAUAAAAUAAAAUAAAUUAAUAAACAAAUAUUAUGAUACUGAACAAAAAUUCAAUCAAAUGUUACCAGUUAAUAAAUAAAAUUAGUAGGUUAAUCCAAAUUUAUCAGUUAUGUUUUAAAAUAUUGUCAUUAUUAUUUUAGCUUUCUUAGGCUUUAUUAGGCAAUACUUGCCUCGCAUUUUAAAAUAAAUGUUAAAGAUUUGACAUUUUUUUUUAAUAAAAUAAUUUAUUCAGUUUUAUAAUUACAAUAAAGUAUCUAUUAUUAAAUAUUAAAUAUAAUUGUCAUUGAAUCUAUAAUUAAUAAAAGAAAAGUUUAUAUUUGUAUGAUAUUCAAAGGCCAGCUGUAGCCAUAUGCCUGUUUAAAAUCUACAAAUACUAAGUGCAAAUCGUAUUUGUAUUCAUAAUACUUUUCCACUACCUGGCAGAAUGUGUGUAUUUGGUCAAUGGUCGAUUUACCUUUUUUGAAGUUGCAUUGAUACUUCCCUACUAUAGUGGAUACAUAUGGAUUUAGUCAUUUCAUUAUGAGGUUUGUCAGUAUUUUGUUGGCUGUAUGUAGUAGUGAUAUUCCUCUGUAAUUUUCAGGUAUUAUUAGAUCUCUUUUUAUAUAUUGGACAGAGAAUUGAUGUAUUCCAUUUGCCUGGCAUAGCUUCAUAAUCACAUUAUAUUAUGUAUAUCAACUACCAUUUGUUUUUCACUAUAUUUCAGAAGCUCUGCUGUUAUCUGGUUUUCUCUAGGCGAUAUAUUGUUUUUCAGUAUUUUCUUAUAGUUUAACAGUUAUACAUUUUUUUCUUUUUUAGAUUCUGAGCGAAACAAGGACUGUUUUAGUUUUACAAUGAUUUUUAUUUUAUUUUUUUGGAUAUUGUGUACAAAAGUUCUAUUAGUCAUUUUGCUUUGAUUUUGUGUAGGACCUUUUUUUGAAAAGAAAUUUUCUUAAUGUGGUACUUUAAGGAGGUCAUUUUUUGAUUUUUCCAGGGGUUUUAUAAUAAAUGGGAAAAAACAAAUGAAAAACAAGAAAAUUUAUGAAAAUAAUGCUUUUAUUAAUUUCAAUUUCGUUUUUUUGUUGAAAUUCAAUUCAAAAUGUUUAUAGGAAUUUGAAAUUUGAACAGAAACCCUGUAUUUGUCUUUUAUAAUACAUUAUAGUUACUGUAUAAUUUUCAAAACAUUUGAGCCUUUUUUUUAGUUAUUUAUAGACAUUUUAAUUUUGCCAGUUUUUUUACUUAAUAUUCAUUUGGUAGGUACUCUGUGAAUAAAAUUGUUAGGUCAAACAGAAAUGCUUAAAAAUUUAACAGGAGGUUCAUUAUAAGUUGUACUUAGUGGCAAAUAAUAGAUAAGUCUAUUAUAGUAUAUUAAUGUUGUAGUAUUUUUUUUGUUUAUAUAUAUAUAUAAGGAAUUUAAUAUUAAAUUUUAACGAAAAUUAUAACUAUCUUUUAAAACAUGUAUAACCAACCUCUGCUCAUAAUUUAUUUUCGUUAGUAAUGAUUAAUCGUUGAAUACAAAAAUACAUAAUAUUCCCCACUAUAUUAUCCUUUUCCAACUUUUUUCCUACGGCAGUGGCCCAUCGUACGAAAUAUGUCCAUCUGUUAUUUUUUAAUCAAAUUUAAUAUUGUUUCAAUUAAUUUUUUUAUUUUUACUAUGAUCCAUGAAUUUUAACUUCCUAGAAUAUCAUUCAUUAUUAAAGCCUUAAAAUUUAAAUAAUUAGCAAUGAAGCAAAAAAUGUAAUCCAAAUUAAAUUUAAAAAACAAAAAUCCUAAGACACAAUUUUAUUGAUUAAUAGUGUUAACAAAAAGGAUUUAUUUUAAUUAUGUUUUAUAUGGUUGAAAGAUGGUUUGGUUCAGAGAAAAUUGGUAUGAAGAAGUGUUAAGACAACUUCGUCUUGGACUGGCAAAAUGUUAUAACAUUGCUUUUGACAGCCGAGGGUCAGUAGCAGAUGCACAAAUUACACCUCACACAUUAAAUUUCAUUAAGAAAUUAGUAUCAACAUUUGGAAUUGGAAUAGGUAAUAUUUUAAAAUAAACCUAUUUAAGUAUGUGUAUAUUUAUACAUUUAUUUAUAUAUUUUUUCAGAAUUGUUGGCAAGUAAUAUGGCUGCUAAUACUGCAGCUAUAUCAACAAAAGGAUCAUUUCCAGGUUCAGGCUCUGAGAGUUUAGCUAAACGGGCACAAACAACAAUACAAGAUCCUGUUUUCCAAAAAAUGAAACAACAGUUUUCUAUUGAUUUUGAUUUUACUUUACCUGGAGCAAUGAAACUACAUGUUAUGAUUUCAAAAAUGAAAAAAUGGAUAAAAAUAUUAGAAGCUAAAAUUAGGCUCUUACCAAAGUAAUAUACAAUUUGUGUGUAAAAUGUUAUUAUUAUAUAUUAUUAUUCAAUAAUUUUUUUGUUUAGGUCUUUUUUAAUUGAAGAAAAAUGUAGAUUCCUUAGUAAUUUUAGUUUACAAACUGCCGAAAUUGAAAUUCCAGGGGAAUUUUUACUUCCUAAGGUAAGGUUAUUAGAAAUUUAUGUUUAAGAAAUGCACUAUUAAGAAAAUUAUAAUUUUGUACUUUGUGAAAAUCAUACUGUUUUUUCUAGGACUUAUAUUUUAAUUUAUAGGAAAUAAGAAUAAUUUUUUUUUUUUACAGCAUUCACAUUAUUAUGUGAAAAUCGCUCGUUUUAUGCCUAGAGUUCAAAUAGUUGAAAAACAUAACACGUCAGCAAGAAGAUUAGUUAUGCGUGGUCAUAAUGGUAAAUUAUAUUCAUAUCUAGUUAUGCAUGAUGCUGGCUUGGGCGAUACAAGACGUGAAGAACGAGUUUUGCAGCUAUUAAGGAUGUUGAAUCAUUAUUUGACUAAACAAAAGGUUUGUAGUAAUAUUUUAUCAAUAAACUCAACAACUAAAUUAUUUUAUUUUUUAGGAAACUUCCCGGAGAUUUUUAUAUUAUACAGUCCCCAGAGUUGUGGCUGUAUCUCCUCAACAACGGCUUGUUGAAGAUAAUCCUUCAUCUUUAUCAUUACUGGAUAUUUUUAAAUCAAUGAGUACAACCCAACCUUACGAUGAUUGUAUUGAGCAUUAUUAUCAACGCUUAGCUAACAUUCAGGUAAUUUAUUAUAUUAAUAGAAAUUUAAAAAAAAAAUUUUUAUCAAAUUGAAUGUUUUUAGAAUCAGGGAACCCAAGCAAAUAUUCAAAUGCUUUUAGAUGUAUUUUUAGAAAUACAACAAAAUUAUUGUUCUAGUGAUACAUUAAAAAAUUGGGCAACUCUUACAUAUGCUUCACCUACAGAUUAUUGGACAUUUAGAAAAAUGGUAAAAAUAAAAAUAAAUUAAUAAAUUAAUAAUUAAAUUAAACAUUUAUAUUAAUUUUUUUAGCUUACUCUUCAAUUAUCAUUAUCAUGUUUGGCUGAGUAUGUAUUACAUCUUACCAGAUUGAAUCCUGACAUGAUGUACAUACAUCAAGAUUCUGGCUUAUUAAAUGCUUCAUAUUUCAAGUUUGAUGUUGAUGACAAAAAAGGUAUUUUAGGUUAAGUUAUAAUUGUUUAAUACAAUUAAUGUAAUAUUUUAUCACCUCUAUUGAUCCUCCAACGUAAUCUUAUAUUGUUAACACCUUUACAGUGUCUCCUCAAAAGAUAUACCCAUUGAUAUUCAACUUUUUUAGAUUCUAAGUAGCAAAGAAUUUAUUGAUUUUACAAUGUUAUUUAUUUAUAUAUUCUUUUUAUACUGACAAAAAUUUUUUUCAGAAAUCUCUCUUUGAUAUAAAAAUGUGGUAUAUAUUCUGUAAGCAAAUUUUGUCUAAAUAGCAAUUUUAAAAGGUUAUUUUUUUGAUUUUCUAAGCGGUUUUUGUAAUAUCAGGGAAAAUUCAGGAAAAAACUUAAGAAAAAUGGAAAAAUUUAUAAAAAUAAUGCUUUUAAUAUUUUCAAUUUUGUUUUUUGUUGUAAUUUAGUUAAAAUAUUAAAAUAUUUAUAGAGGCUUGAAAUUUGAACAGAAAACUUAUAUUUAUCUUUUCUAAACAUGGUAAAAUUUUGAACAAAUUUUAGUCUUUUAUAGAUAUUUAAUUUUAUGCGUUUUGUACGUAAUUUUUAUUUCGUAGGUACUUUGUAGAUACAAUUUAAUAGGAGAUUCAUUAAAAGUUGUAUUAUAUGAUCAAAAAAAAUAUAUUGAGCUUAAUGUAGUAUUUAUUUUUAUGAAGGUAUUUUAAUAUCAAAUUUUGACAAAAAAGUAUGUGGAACAAAUCUAAUUUUUCAACUUUUUUUGUUUUUUUUUUUUAGCAUAUGUAUAUUGCUUUUUUAAGAAUAAUGGUGAAGUCAGAAUUGAUUGGAUUGACAUAUCGAAAUUAUAGUUUUUUUAAGUUCUGAUAUUAUGCGGAUACGUUUUGUUAAAUAACUCAAAAUUACCAAUUUUAAAGUAUGUCUAUUGUAGUCUAGCAAUGGUACAGGAUCUCUUGUCAUCCUAGAGAUCGUGAGUUCAAACUUUUAAGUUGCGAAAAAAAAUUAUUGCAUUUGUUGUUUUAAUUUUAAAUUUCAGAGAAAAAAUGUGUACUAAAAUGUUUUAUAUGUAUUACCCAUUAGAAUAAUAGUCAAUUAGCAAAUGUAAUAAUUUACUGCCUGCUGCAUAAUUUUAGAUGAUUGGAAUAAUUAUUUAUCAUUAUUAUGCCUAACAUGACUGUACACUUUUUCUCUGAAAUUAAAAUAAAAUUAUAUAAAUCUACAAAUUUAAUGAAAAUGAAAAGUUGAAACAUCAUAAUUUUAAGAAGAAUUAACUCCAUAAAACAGCUAUAUUCAAGUUCCUCAAAAAUAAUAAAAUAAAGUUAUUUUUUAAAUUUGUUUACCAAAAUAUGAAAAUUUAAUUCAAAUAUAAAUAAAACUAAAUUGUAUUAUCCUUAUUAUCUCUAGAAAUACUACAAUGGGUAUAUCUUCUGUUAUCCUUUAUUUUGUGGAUUUUAAUAUUAUAUAAUUAUGGCCGUAAUAAUCUAAUUCAUUGUAUGAUACGAUUAUGUACCUUAUUGCUUUUAAUUACCUAUUAUUAUGCAGUAGUGUACACAGGAAUUUAGUUCAGUUAGGGUUUUCACUAUAAAUUUAUCAUAGACCCGUAGAGGCUUUGACUCCACACACCCCACUCUAUAUCUGAACUAGUAAAUAAUACCAGCAUUAAAACAAAAUAAUUCUUCCAAAUUCUUAUUUUUAUAUUUUAUAUUCUGUGGAUAACUUUUCUAUCAUCAAUUUUACUCUGGUUUACCAUAAUAGCACUUUUUUUGAGAGGAAAUUUGACUGGAGUGGUACUUUAAGGAGGUCAUUUUUUGAUUUUCCCAAGAAUUUGUCUAAUAAAUGGGAAAAACUUGGAAAAAACGAGAAAAUAGGUACAUCAUUAAAGAAAAUAUAUAAUGCCUACGUAAUUAUUUUACUAUGAUAUGACAUAUAUAUUAUUGACAAAACAACCCUAUCAACUGAACUCUGCUGAGAAUCGUUUUUUCAUUAAUCGUUGGUACAGAAAUACAUUAAAUUUCCUUUCUACUAUCUCCCAAGCUUCUUACCUACAACAGUGGCUGAUUCAUGUGCAUACAUAUCUUUUUGUUUUAACAUACACUAAAAUUAACUGCAAACAAUUUUUUUUGGGGUGGAGGAGGAGGGUUUAAAACUCUAGAAUCUAAUCCCUGUGUACACCACUGAUAUUAUGUACAUAGGUACUACUAUAUAAAUUGUAAUUACGUUGUACUUUUGGACUUUUUCCAAAAUGGCGUAAUGUAUAUAAAAUUAAAUUAAAAUAUUGAUUUUAGGUGAACUUGUCUCCAAUCGUCCAGUUCCUUUUAGAUUAACUCCCAACUUUGUUGAAUUAAUGACUGAUAUUGGUAAAAAUGGGCCUCUUACUGCAAGCAUCAUGGCAACAGCUCGUUGUUUUAAUCAACCUAACAAUAAAGUUCAAGCUAUUUUAAGAGCUAUACUCAGAGAUGAAAUGAUCACAUCUUAUAAAAAAGUAUUUUGAAAUAAACAUUUUUUUAAAUUUACAUUUCUUUUAAUUAUUAUAAAAAUUACUAAUAAAUUUAAUGUCUUAUAGAAACUUGAAGAUGAACUAUCAACUGAUAAAGAUGAAAUUUCUGGUGAUAUAAUCAUCAGUAUGGUUACAAAAGCAGUUAGUUCUAUUAUGCAUAGACUGAGUAGUUUAGCAAAUUUCGAUGGUUCUGAUAAUAAGGUAAGCACAAUUGUCAGUGCAGCAUCCUCAGUAGACAAUUUAUGCCGUAUGGAUCCAGCGUGGUAUCCAUGGCUAUAAACAUUCAUUUUUUUUUUGUGUAAACAAAUUUAGGUUUUUGGAUAUUUAUUGAUUUAUUGAUCUCUUAGUUUAUGUUUAAUGUUUAUAAGGGAAUUGGAUGGAAAUAUUUUUACCUUACGAACAUUUUAUUUAUUACUUUUUUAUAUUUUAAGCAAUAUAGUUUUUAUACAUUAUACAAUAAUAAUAGUAUAAACUUAAUACAUUUUAUAUUCAAUUUAAAAUAUAUACUUUAAUUUAUUUUUUAGGUUUAUGUAUUUAGUACUUACAUAGUUAUUAUAAACUACUACUGUAUACUUAUGUUUUUUUAAUUAUAGCUUU